AACCAUUGAUCCUUUUCUCUUUGCAUUUCACCUUUAGGGGAAAAAAGAAGUGUAGAAAAGGGUCAAAUAGAAAAAAAAAGGAUAUGAAAAGAACAUGAAAGAAAGAAAUCGUCAUUAAACUCACUACGAAGUUCUUUCUUUUCCUCUCUUCCUCCAUCUCGCACCUCUCUCAGUUUAAUCUUAAAUCCACUCCAAUUUCCCCAGAGGGACUAAUUUCUCUCUUUUUCUCGAGAGACAGAAGGAGAGGGGUCCAUUCCUCCUGGUAGAGUGACCCCAGGAAUUUCCUCUCUCCCCCUCUACCCCCCCACCCCCCCUCCUCCACCAUGACACUACUGGCCUCCGAGAGGUCUCUUCUCAUCCGAAACAAGUUCCGCUCAGUCCUGCAGCUGAGGAUUCAGAACCGAAGGCAGAGUGAAAUCAAUGCAGACGUUGGGUUGAAAUCUGCCUGCUGCCCUAAAAAAGCAGAGAAGGACCAGAGUGAAGCUCUGCGUCUCAGUGAUGGUGGUGCCGCUCAGAAGUUGCCCCCUUGUGGUCUGAACACUAAAACUGCACAAGAGAGGAAUGCAUGUGGGGCCCAGAGGCACAAGAAGGCUCGCCAGACGCAGGACCUCACGGAGAGGAUCCCACGUCCACCUGGGCCUGUGGAGCAACAGCCCAAACACACACUGCCCCUGCAGAACCGCUGUGCAUCUUUCCCUCUGUCCGCUGAUGUCUUCGAAGAUGACAUUUCCUCCUGCCCCUCCCCCUCGCCCACAGAGCAACACGGCGUACACCAAUCACCAGCCUUUACGCCAUUGCCGGGGCUCUCAGGUGACCAAUCACUGAGUGACUUCUCAGCUGUGGGCCCGUCCCUUAACCACAGCACUGGUCAUGCUCAGUCUGGUUUGGCGUUUCUCCCGGCAACCGAGGGCAUCAGACAACCUAUGAGUGUAACACUGAGUGAAUCAAACUCCAUGGCAACAACUGGGAGACCAAAUGGGAUGUAUCUGACCUCUCAGACAACACCCCUGCUGCCAAAGACAGCACGGCCUCACAGCCCAACCUGCUCCUCCUCAUUACCCUCCUCCCUCAACUUCAACCAUCUCCCCCGGCCACGGAAACCACGGGACACCAAACCCAAAAUGAGGAAACUCAAAUAUCACCAGUACAUUCCUCCAGAUCAGAGAGGGGGGUCUGGGACUGGAGGAGCCAAACAGAAGAGCCCUCCCCAGUCUUUAGACCCGGCCUACUCCCAUCUCCUGAAGCAGCAGCAGGUCUUCCUCCAGCUGCAAAUCCACCAGAACCAGCAACAACUACAACAGCAACAAUUACAACAGCAACAACUACAACCACAACAACAACAGCAACAACUCACUGUUGUUCCCAUCGGAGAGCAAACUGAUCUUGUGAAGUCCUGUGGAGCCACGCCCCCGAAUCCCCAACGUGUUCCUGCCACAACAAACCACAAGCCGACAGACACAAACCCUGCGUCCAAGCCUGAGCUUCUCCCUGCAAAUCUGGUUGAUUUAACAGUGUCAGAGUUACGGCAGCAGCUCCGUAAGCGCGGCCUCCCCGUCUCCGGCACCAAGCCUGCUCUGUUGCAGCGUCUCCGGCCGUUCCAGCUUCCCCACUCCUGCCUCACUCCUGCUCCGCUGUGCCAGCGAGGUACCAGCCUGGAGCUGCUCACCUCCUGCCCCCCGCUGCCCCCCAGCCAGAGCCCCUGUUCAAGCUCCAGCUCCGGACGAGACUCCCCCAGCAGCAGCCCAAACCAACAGAUGUACAUCCCGGACAGGGGAGUUCCUAAUGGGAUUCUUAGUGACUCUCAAAAUGAAAUUCUGAACAGUGUGACGAAUGGUUUCUCGAAUGCUGCGCCCGUCAGUUUGGCCGGUGAACAUUGUCUUUCCAACGCUGUCUUCCUGGCUCCUGCCAGCACCGCCUCAGGAACUCCAAGUCCCAGUCUCCCCAUGUCGUCGUCCUCGCCCCUACAGUGUGGGACUCCUUGGAGAACUGAGAACGAGCAGCAGCAGCAACAGCAGCAGGAGCUGAGUGUGGAGUUGGAGAUGAGGGAGAGGUUACGGAGCAGGCCCAGGGAACACUGCGCUAACGCCGGCAACGAGUCUUGUGGAGGAUCCCUUCAUCCGUUCCUGCAACAGGAUCCUGGAUGCUCCAGACGGAAACCGGAAACAGACACACAAGCAGAGGUGUUGUUUACACAGGUGUUCUGCUGCCAACCGUGUGAUAUGAUUGGCCAGGAUUUUGAGCUGCCAGUGCAGAUUACAGCAAGUCCAGUUCAGACGCUGUCCUGUGUUCGCAGCUUGGAGGAAGAACUGCAGGAGGCUAUCCAGAAAGCACAGAUGGACCCUCGGCAAUCCAUCGAUGAUAUUCUGGAUGAGCCCAUGACUUGUGUUGGCUCUGUCAAUGUCUGUGAUCAUAAAUCCCCUGCCCACCUAGUCCCCGGCCCUUCGCAGCCUCCUCCUCCUCCUCCGCCUCCUCCUCCCCCUCUUCCUCCUCCUUCUCAAGCCGAUCAGUCCCAGGCCUCCCAGCUGCACAAGGAUGACAGCUUCCUACCCUCACCUCUCUGCUCAUCUCUCUUGCUGGAGCUGCCUCCAUCUCCCGCUGUGAUAAACCCCAGCCAUGUGAUCCCAGCUCCUCCACCACCAUCCAUCUGCACUUCCCCUCUGCCGUCCACUGGGAAGUCACGUAAACGUCGGGCGCCGACAUCGUUCGAUGCCGCCGACUGGCUUGAAACUCUGACGUCAGGCCUCCGCCCUCUUACUCCGCCGGCAGCUCCAUUUGUUGAGUCAGACUUCAGUCUGGAUUCAGAUCUGAAUGUCAGUCGAGUGUUGGAUCUAAUGAUAGAGAAGUGGUGAGGAUUUGUGUGUGUGUAUUUGUUCGUAUGCACAGUAGGUGAGUGUUUCCUGAUGGUCAUGAAUGGGGCAGACAUUCCCACUGAGGGAAAACGGUUGUGAAUAGCGGCCUACACCCGUCUAACCAUCAUCGCAAAGCUGUCAGUCACCGGCUCCACGCAAUGUCGAGAGCUGAAUUCAUUGCAGCGAAAAGAUUAAACAUGGCUUUGAUGGGGCAACGAGAGCACACACACACACACACACACACACACACCGCUGCAGACCACUGUUUAAAGGCACUUGGGUUCGAGCCACACAUCUGUGGAUGAACACACUCCACAUUGCAAAACAAAAGAAAACUUGGUGGCAUAUUAAUUUAAACAUGCUUCCUGGUUGCUCUGGGAGAAUGUUGUUUCUGACUCAUCUCCAAGAGCCGUAGUCGGAUUGGGUUGAGUUUGGCCCCCGGUGUUGACUCAUUGAGUCCUAGCCAUUCAUAAAGCCCAUUUGGAGUGUGUAAAAGCCAGACAGAGCACACAGCUUGUGUGGGGCUCCAGACCUCGACCCUGGUGCCAGACACACAGUCGACAUGCAGAGGGAGAAAGCUGUCAGAAGUUGCAAAUAAGCAGUGUGUGUGCAUGCUCAUUUGUAUGUGUGCGUGUGUAUGUGAAGUAUGUGUGUGUUCAAUAUGUGUGUGACUGAGGCGGCUUCUGUUUUGUCAACACCCAAAUGCUUCCAUGUACAUUUAUUAGCAUUAAUGCCAAAUGCACUUGUCGCUAUUUGUUUGCUUGCAAUUAAGUGUGCAUGUUUGUGCAUGUGGAAUGAUUGAACUGUGAGAGGAAACACGUGAAAGACACAGAAACAAAGCUGUGGACAUUUCAUUGUCGGCUCACUGCCAGCGGGCAGUAACUCUGGUGUCGUUAUCCAGUGGAAUCAUCGGUACAGCCACAGUGCCUUGUUCAAGUCACUGUUCUCCAGGAGAGCAAUCAGGCAAACGCCCCAAAAAUAGUCCCCAUAUAAAUGCUCCAAUCAGACAAGUUAGAGUUUCCUCAUCGUUUGGCAUAAACAGGUGGUCAUUUUGUUCCCUGAUUAACCCCCAACCGCGUCUGGCUCGCUGCUGACCCCGUUAGCAAAGCCAGAUUUGGCACAAUUUUUAUCCCGACCCCCAAAGCUACACCUGUUCACUUAGUGUUCAUUAAUUCCACACAUGUAUCAUUUGACAUUGUUAAAUCUUUGCUGUAUAUUUUAAUAUACAAAACGACCAUUUAUAUUAAGAGAAAAUGCACUGUAGAAUUAGCACGAAAUAAGAUGUCUGGAGAAAAGGUAGCAUGGCCAGAGGAGAGCUGGUGUGUUGAAGCUGACACAGGAAAGACUGCACAUUGUUUAAUGGUGACAGAGAUCUUGCUUUUAUAGUCUACAUGCUUGACUGGCCAUGCAAACAUUAGCACAUUAUUUGUUUGCAUAAUACACUUUCAUUGAGUUAUGGCCAUUCUCAACUCCACUUAACAUAAUGCAAUUAAAAUAUCUGACAGAGGUUAGAUGCCAUUAACUUCUGCUGUACCACUACAUGUAAUUUAGAUAGAAGAUCUCAUCUACAUUAAAUUAUAUUCUGCCCUUAAUUGGCGGAGCUCUGAUUGGCUCAUUCAUAUCUGAAACAUUUGUAUAAUUUGACAAGUAACUUGAAAAAAACACUUUAUUUGGAGGAAGAAAACUGCUUUUGUCCCCUCCUCAUUCUCCAAAGUAUUGUGUUAAAAUAAAAGUGAAGUGCCGAGUGCAAUAUAAUUUGUGUAAAGGGCACAUAAAGUGGCAGAUCUGAGGUCAUCAUGUCAUGUUUUUUGUACGUAAUUAUUUCAGUGUGUCUGGUGGCCAGUUCCGUGGUAAGUUAUUGGAAGAAGAUAUCUGUGCAGAGGCAAACCUUCAACACACAGCUUUAUGUUGAAGCAAUUCUCGUACAGCUUUCACUGCAGAGACUAUGACAAAUGCAGUAAAAUGUGGAAGGAUGGCUAUGAUAAUCAUAGCGAUCAAUAAACAUUGCCUGCUGCAUGAAUAAAAAAAAGAAAAUUGAUUGGCAGGAGAGUAAGAUGCUACCUCCUGUGACUUCCACUGCUUUAGGGCCAACCCAAGUGUUUUCCUUACUUAUUUAAUUUCCCAACACUGGUGCAGAGGUUCCUGGAACAACCCGGAGGCAGUUUCACAGGUUUGACUUAGUGCAGGUUUGAUACUUCUGUUGCAAACUUGGUUUCAAGCUGCCCUGGUCUAGAUCUGGGGCUGGACAUGUAAACUGGAAACAGUUGUUUCAGGUAACUGAGUCUCUGUUGGCCACUUCUGCUGCUAUCAAUGCCUUAUUGUAAAGAUGUAAGAGAAAAUAACAUGUUUUUGCUUUUAUUUAUUAUGUAACUUAUUCAUGCAAAAGAUAUUCAUCACUGUCCAAAAGUGUAUUUAAAAGCAUUAAGAAAAUUAAAGUCUUAAUAGAUUUUC